AUGUUACAUUUACCGCGCAGGCCCUGGACCUGUCGCAAAUGUCUCCUGGAACUACAAUCCCUACCCCCGGCAGACACCAGUUCCCCGCAAAAGAACGCAGAUGAUGCUACGAUACGGCGCGUGUUCGAUUCGCAGCCCUUCUGGAAAGAAUUCUCUCAGCAACGGAGCGUGACAGCUCCCAGACGGGCAGGGUUGGUUCAGAACCAGUACUUGACAAGCCCCGAGGGGUUCAGGGCGUUCGCGAAUGUCUCGCUGCAAAAAUGCCAGGCCAUUGUAGCCAAGGUGCUCGAAGCGUCGACUGUGGAGGAAUACCGGGCCAUGGCAAAGAAUUUGGACAGACUCAGCGAUCUACUGUGUCGUGUUAUUGAUCUCUCGGACUUUAUUCGCACGAUUCAUCCCGACCCGCAGAUCCAAGAAGCAGCGACGCAGGCGUACGCGCUCAUGUUCGAAUAUAUGAAUGUUCUCAACACCACUACCGGUCUCCAUGACCAGCUCAGCAAGGCCGCGGCCAAUCCCGAGGUGGCCUCACACUGGACCGAAGCCGAGAAGAUUGUGGCGCAGAUCUUGAUUAAAGACUUUUCAAACUCUGCAAUUCACAUGCCCCCAGCCGAGAGACAGCGAUUUGUGAAUCUAUCAAAUGAUAUAAGCCAGAUUGGAUCCGACUUCUUCAACGGAGCAGAGCCUGCCAAAUCCCAGGUCACUUUCAGCGCCAAUAGCCUGCAGGGUCUGGAUCCCAUGCUGAUUCAAAAAAUCAAGAAAUGGAACAAUAAGGCCGCUGUACCGACCAUGGGGAUUGUCCCUCGACUUGUGCUCCGGUCUGUUCGUGACGAGGAUGUCCGGAGGGACGUCUAUUUGGCCACUAGAACAUCGAGCACGCGCCAGGUUCAGCGACUGGAGGAACUUAUGAUGAAACGAGCGGAGCUGGCACAGUUGUCGGGCUACAACAGCUUCGCGCACAUGACACUGAGCGACAAGAUGGCCAAGACGCCCGAAGCGGUGUCGAACUUCCUGACAUCGCUUGUGGGAAGCAACCGCGGGCCCGUCCGCGAGGAACUAUCUCAGCUACAAGAUCUGAAAGGCAGUCCCCUCCAGCCGUGGGACCACGCGUACUACGUGCACAAGCGUGUGAUGGAGUAUUCGCAGUCUCGCCGGUCGCGUCAGUUGAGCAUAGUCCCCGAGUUUUUCUCGCUGGGCACUGUCAUGCAGGGCCUUUCGCGGCUGUUUGAUCGUCUGUACGGCGUUCGUCUCGUUCCUCAGGAGACGGCUCCCGGGGAGACCUGGCAUCCCGAUGUUCGCCGGUUAGACGUGGUCGAUGAGGCGGAGCAGCACAUCGCGGUUAUCUACUGUGAUCUAUUUUCUCGCCCAAGCAAACACCCCAACCCGGCUCAUUUUACUCUGCGCUGCUCGCGUGACAUCUCCGCUGAAGAGGUAGCGGAGUCCGCAUCGAUGGGCCAGUCCGCGCAUCCCAAUGACGGCAUGGCGACUGCGAUGGAUCCCCAGACCCAAACGCUGCGUCAGCUGCCGACGAUAGCUUUGGUCUGCGACUUCCAAGAACCUGUGGCGAAUGGCUCCGGUCGUCCAACACUCUUAAGCGAACAGAGCGUGCGCACCCUCUUCCACGAAAUGGGUCACGCAGUCCAUUCAGUCCUGGGACAGACGCCUUUGCAAUCUAUCUCUGGGACGCGGUGCGCCACCGACUUUGCCGAGCUCCCAUCCGUGCUAAUGGAGAGCUUUGCAACUGCACCCGAGGUGCUUUCCCUGUAUGCACGACACUGGCAGACAGACGAGCCGCUAUCCGAGAGCAUGAUGCGCAGCAUGGCGCUGGACCGCACAGCGCACGGAUCCAUCUACGGGGCUGUCGAGGACGAAUCCCAAAUCCUCAUGGCCCUUGUCGACCAGGCGUACCACUCCAUGCCCGUGGAGGCCACCGCCAACGGCAUUGACACAACAGACAUCUAUCACCAAGUCUUCUCUCAAUACUCCAGCCUGCCGGACCCAGACAACAUCCGGCCACGAACCUCCUGGCAAGGCUUCUUCGGCCAUCUGUAUGGGUACGGAGCUACAUAUUACAGCUAUAUCUUCGACCGCGCCAUUGCCAACAAGCUCUGGCAGGAUGUCUUCCUGUCUGGCCGAGCAUCCGUCGAUCGCGCCGCUGGCGAAAGAUAUAAAAACGAAGUCUUGCGCUGGGGCGGCGGACGCAAUGGCUGGCGCUGCGUUGCGGGAGUGUUGGGGGGUGAGAACCCGUCUAAUAAAGAUGGGCGGUUGGCGGAGGGAGGAGAUGAGGCAAUGCGUGAGGUUGGUCGAUGGGGACUGGUUCGUGAUGGAAUGAGUGGAUGA